GGUUCAAUGCCUGGAAGCCAAAAGACUUCGCCCUGGAGGCGCGUGUUCGUUGGGUCUCCACCGAUUGGCUGAUCUCCUGCCUCUCCCAGCAGCGUCGUGUCCCCGAGGCUCAGUUUCCUUGGCCCAGCCGCACGGAUUCACCGGCAUCGCCAUCACCAAAGGGAUCGCGAAAGCGUGACAUCUCCAAGCUGGCUAGCCCGGCAGAAUCACCAACAUCGCCAUCGCCAAAGGUGGUGCCACACGCUUCGAAGAUGCCAGAGGAACCAGCAGAAAGCAGCAGUGAGGUUGAAGAGCUCCGCCCCACGAUGGCAACCUUCAACGGGCAGCUGACACCCAAGCGACAGGCGCUGCUGCAGCGGAAGGAGAAGUUCGCAUGUCAGCGUACGGCAUCGUCUUCCACCGCGCCAGCACCACAAAAUGCAGCCCUGGCAGAGCUGUUCAGUCGACUGCAGAAGCACUACGAGUCCUUGGGCGAUGGUUGGAAGGAGCGCUCCUAUCGAACCACCGCCGGCCUUAUUCGAAGUUUGCCAUUUGAGGUGACGAGUGUGGAAGACCUGGAGCGUCCGCAGCUGAAGCGCCUGGGGAAGAAGACGCGGCAAAAGAUGCUGGAGUUCCUGGAGACAGGGCAAAUCGGACGAGUUGAAGGGCUGCAGGAUGAUGAAGCCACCAAAGCCUUGAACGAACUGCAGGGCAUUUGGGGCGUAGGCCUCACCACAGCCAGGCGAUGGUACGCCAUGGGUUGCUGCUCCGUGGUGGAGGUGCAGCGCCAGGUGGACCAGGGGCAGCUGAAAUUGAAUUCGGAUCAGCUCAUCGGCCUGGAGUUCUUCCACGACUUCGCCCAGCGCAUCCCGCGCGACGAGGUCAGCGAGAUCGUGGCCAUGGUGCGCGGCAGCGCGCUGAAACGCUACGGCAGCCGCUUGCGCCUGGAAGCCUGUGGCUCCUAUCGCCGCGGCAAAGAGACCUGCGGAGAUGUUGAUUUGCUCCUGUGUGCCCGGACUGCUGCAGAUGAGCAGCUCGUCGGCCCCCCCGCGGAAGUGUUGCAGCGGCUUGUGGCGGAUCUGACGCAGCAGGAAUUUCUGACGCACGACCUGAAGGGAACCAGGUGGACCGGUGAGAGCCACGACGGAGACCCGCCGAGUUCCUCCACCUCGGCGUGUUACUUCGGCGUUUGCAAGGUGCGUUCGUGCCAUCGACGCAUCGACAUCAAGGUCCAUCCGCGGGUGGAGUUCCCCUUCGCCCUCCUCUCCUUCACUGGCUCGGGCCCCUUCAAUCGUUCCAUGCGCCUCUUCGCCCGUCGUGCCGGCUUCAGUCUGUCGGACCACGGCAUUUGCGAGGCCUCGCAUGCGCGAGGCGUCGGGCGAGGGCAGCGGCUGUGGACCGGGCCGCCCAUUGCGCAGCAGCACUUUUUGGAGGAGAAGGACAUCUUUGAUUUUCUGGGUUUGACCUACCGAGAGCCCUCCGAACGCGAAGUGGAUGCGGUGUGGCUCAGUGAAACCGGCGUGGUGCCUAUGGAGUCGGCAGACGAGGUGACGGUGACAGCCUCGCCGAAGCGGAAUCUCAACACAGCGGUGGUGAUAGACUCAGAGUCUGAAGAAAAGUGGACCAUUUGCGGCUUGAUUCACUUGAUCUCGGGCUGGAAUUUACUUGGAUCAUCAUGAUUAUCUCAUUUGAUUCGCUCUG